AAACUUAAAUACAUCUGCCGCUUUUGCAGCCUCCUGUUGAAACGCAGCAAGUUCCUGUAUCACUUCAAAAACAUGCGCUGGGCCCGGGGCCGGCACGAGACCUACCUGUGCUACAUCAUCAAAAGGCGCUACAGCUCCGUCUCCUGCGCCAUGGAUUUCGGGCACCUGCGCAACCGCAGCGGAUGCCAUGCCGAAAUGCUGUUCCUGCGCUACCUGUCCGACUGGGUGACGCAGGAGCCGCACCGAAACUUCCGCGUCACCUGGUUCAGUUCGUGGAGCCCCUGCUGGGACUGCGCCCGACGCACCGCAGAGUUCCUGCUCGACCACCCCAACCUCAGCCUGCGCAUCUUCUCCGCGCGCCUCUACUUCUGCGAGGAGCGCAACGCGGAGCCCGAGGGUCUGCGGAGACUGCAAAAAGCAGGGGUGCGACUGGGAGUCAUGAGCUAUAAAGAUUAUUUUUACUGUUGGAACACCUUCGUUCAGAGCCGGGAAAGGAGAUUUAAGGCUUGGGACGAUUUGCAUCAGAACUCGGUACGCCUGGCUCGCAAACUGCGACGGAUCUUACAGCCUCCGUAUGACAUGGAAGAUGUAAGAGAAGCCUUUGACCUCCUCGGCCUCUGA